ACACACUUCACCUCCCAAGCAUUGGGUUAGUUAAAAAAAAAAAGGAAAGUUUCAUAAACAUCUCAGAAAAGAAAAAAAAAAAAAAAAAAAGGCUAAAAAAUUUAUGUCUUCUUAAAGCAAGAAGAAAAGACUUUUCAAUUUCAUGGAUGAAGAAGCCAAAGGAGGAGGAGGAGGAGAAGAAGAUCAUGACGCAGAUUUGCAGGAAGAUUAAUGUUCAUGUCAAUAUAAGGUGGAGCAUAAUAGAGCGUGUAUCAAUCAUAAAGCAGUUUUUCAAGUUCAUAUGGGACAGAAUUGUGGUUUGCUCUAUUGGCAGGCCAAGCCGGUACCGGAGGUUGCCCUUCCGCGGGGCGGGCCCCUCGCUCUCGUCGGAGGAUGGCGGCUCGCCUUCUUCCGAUGAGCCUACCAUCUCGGGCGGCGGCGGCGGCGGCGGGUGUGACGCGGAUCCGGAUUCUGUGACCUUGAAGAUCAGCUUGUUGGGCGAUUGCCAGAUUGGGAAAACUAGCUUUGUUAUCAAGUAUGUAGGGGAUGAGCAGGAAAAGAAUUGUUUGGAGAUGUCAGGACUAAAUUUAAUGGAUAAAACUUUACUUGUUCAAGGAGCCAGGAUUUCUUUUAGCAUAUGGGAUGUAGGAGGUGACCUAACAUCCCAGGCUCAUGUUCCAAUUGCUUGCAAAGAUGCAGUGGCAAUUUUGUUCAUGUUUGAUCUUACUAGUCGGUGUACGCUAAACAGUGUUAUUGGAUGGUACAAUCAAGCAAGAAAGUGGAAUCAGACAGCAAUUCCAAUACUAAUAGGAACAAAAUUUGAUGAUUUCGUUAGACUUCCUCCAGAUCUGCAGUGGACAAUUGUGACUCAGGCAAGGGGUUAUGCAAGGGCAAUGAAAGCAACCCUUUUCUUCUCAAGUGCCACUCACAACAUAAACGUCAACAAGAUAUUCAAAUUCAUCAUGGCCAAGCUCUUUAACUUGCCAUGGACAGUAGAGAGAAACUUGACCAUUGGAGAACCCAUCAUCGACUUCUAAUUUUUUUUUUUUUUUUUUUUUGCCUUAUUCCCUUUUUCGAAUUAAUAACUAAUCACCCAUAUGUAUAUAGCUUAGGAAAAAAAAAAAAGCAGAUUUUUAAAUUUUGCCAAAAGAAAAAGGAAGAGAAAAAGUUGGAAGAAAAAGGGAGUUUCCAACCCCAGGAGGCGUUACAUAUAAUUGACCCCCAUAAAGCUCAAAGACUUGUCUUUUUCUCUAUUCUUGUUAGUCUUUUACACCCAAUUUUAAAUAGCAAGUGAUGGUAAUAGAUUGUCGUUUUUAUCUUUACCGUGUUUAAGUGGGCAUAUUUCGUGUCGAACACUUGUUAGUAAGAAAUAAAAUAUGUGUAUACGUGUGUAGAA